UCGCUACCCCAACCUUCCUUCCCCUGGCACUUCCCGGGGCACUGGCGCCCACGCACGCGCACGCGCACCUCGCGGCCGCUUUCCCUUUAAGAUUACUUUAGUCUCCUCCGACCCCUACGGCUUCCGCGCAGCGUUCCCACAAUGCAGUGCGGCUGAGCGCCUCGGAGCCCGCGGGGGAGCUGCGGCCGGGAUCCGGGCCGAGGCGGCGGCAGCGGCAGCGGGAAGUGGGCUGCGGCGGGCCCGCGGCGUCGGUCCGUGCGGAUGUCGGGCUGGGGGGACGAGCGCGGCGGCGAGGGCGACGGGCGCAUCUACGUGGGGAACCUUCCGACUGACGUGCGAGAGAAGGACCUGGAGGACUUGUUUUACAAGUACGGCCGCAUCCGCGAGAUCGAGCUCAAGAACCGGCACGGCCUCGUGCCCUUCGCCUUCGUCCGCUUCGAGGACCCGCGGGAUGCUGAAGAUGCAAUUUAUGGAAGAAAUGGUUAUGAUUAUGGCCAGUGUCGACUUCGUGUGGAAUUCCCCAGGACUUUCGGAGGUCGGGGUGGGUGGCCCCGUGGCGCAAGGAAUGGGCCUCCUACAAGACGGUCUGAUUUCCGAGUUCUUGUUUCAGGACUUCCUCCAUCAGGCAGCUGGCAGGACCUGAAAGAUCACAUGCGUGAAGCUGGGGAUGUCUGUUAUGCAGAUGUACAAAAAGAUGGAAUGGGGAUGGUUGAAUAUCUGAGAAAAGAAGACAUGGAAUACGCUCUGCGUAAACUGGAUGAUACAAAAUUCCGCUCUCACGAGGGUGAAACUUCAUACAUCCGAGUUUAUCCUGAGAGGAGUACCAGCUAUGGCUACUCAAGGUCCCGGUCUGGGUCCAGGGGCCGUGAUUCUCCAUACCAAAGCAGGGGCUCUCCACACCACUUCUCUCCUUUCAGGCCUUACUGAGGAAGGGGGUGGGAAGUUUUUCUAUUUUUUAGAUGCCCUGAGCUGCUUUGUGCUCAGAAUUUACAUUCCAGAUUGAUAAUUUAGUGUCUUAGGAGAUUUUCUAAUUUCUUUCUUUUUUCUUUUCUUUUUCUUUUUAAGGAACUACAUAAUUUCAACCAGGGCCACCAUACUAGCAGUGAAAUGUUUUAGACUGCAGAAAUAGAAGUUGUGGCUUUGGUUCAGAACAAGUUGUAUAUUUUUCACCCCUGAUUAUGGGAUAGAAAUCAGUGCUGCAUCUUUGUGGGCUGCUCUGCUCUGGAGAUCAGCCGUUACGACGACUGAGUCGCUCAUUUUGUUGAGAAAUAUAUUUUAAAUGUUUAGUAAUUGGUGUGUGGUUGUCUCUGAGUAGGCACAUAGGUUUCCCCUAACAGGUUCUGACCAAAAAGCAGCGUCCUCUACGUUAUCACAGCAGUUUGUCAGGGGCAGAAACAUUACAUUGCUAGGGUAGUGGUGAUGGUUUCAAAAUUUCAACACCGAGGGCAGAUUGUGUAUUUUUUUAAGAUUGAUAUUUAUGUGUAUACUACAUGUGUAUUCAUGCUCACUGAGGCCGCAAAGGCAUUAUAGACCCCUGGAACUGUAGUCACAGGAGGUUGUUGGGUCACCCUGAGUUGACUCCAGUCAGACAGGAGACUAGGGAGGGCUCUGGUUUUUGUUUUUUAAUUUGUGUAACCCUGGCUGUUCUGGAUCUCACUCUGUAGAUCAGGCUGACCUCAAACUCAGAGAGAUCCACCUGCCUCUGCCUCUCAAGUGCUGGAUUUAAAGACAUGCACCACAACACUGGUUUAGGAAGUUCUCUUAACCACUGAGCCAUCUCUAACCCAGAUUCAGAGUUUUUAUAAUUCAGAGCUGACAUUGUAAAUGAAACUGCCUGUAAAAGAGGUUCACUGAGGUGGUUCAUGCCUCUAAUCCCUGUACUUGAGAGACGGAUGAAGGCCACCCUAUCUGAACAACAACACAAAAGUGUGUGUAUCUCUGUGUGAGAACAUUGCAGAUAAAGGGAAGAGGAAGAAUGAAAACAAGCCCAAGGCUAUUUUUAACAAGUUCUUUUUUCAGAAAGGAACUGUUUGGCUGGUGUUCACAGGCACUGUGUGUGGGGAGGAGGGGGG